AUGCGGAUUGAUGUUUCAUUUCCACUGGGCGCCAAAAUUUCAGUCAUCAACCUCCCAGAGGACAGAUACGACCCUCCAACUAGCCUCGCUGUCACAGUAGCCGGCUGGGGAUUAACGGAGACGGACGCUCCUGUCUUCAUCCUGCGGAAAGUGGACAUCAGCGUCAGAGACUGCUCCGCGUGUGAGUUCCCGAGCGUCGGACGCGAAGUAACUCCGCGCAUGCUGUGCGCUGGAGAGACGGGAAAGAGCGUGUGCCAUGGUGAUUCUGGGAGUGCCCUGGUGAGCGGCAGCACGCGGGUGGGCAUCUCAUCGUGGGGGAGCGGCAUGUGCACCAUUGGUGGCCGUCUACGUUAA